CUUCAGCCCAGGUGACGUCGUGGUGUUCUCCUGUGACGAUGGAUUUGAGUUGAUUGGGGAGAGAAACGCCACCUGUCGAGAGGCGAACAACAGUGGCGCAUACUACUGGUCCAACCCUGCACCAGUCUGUCAGCCUGUAGUUGUCGAUACCUGCCCGGCUCUACCUGACGUAGUGAACGCUGAGAGGACAGGAAACGGAACGGCUGUCGGGGGUGUAGUUUUGUACCAAUGUGAGCCGGGCUUCACCAUGACAGGAGCGUCCAGCCUCACCUGUCUAGCAGGUGUUCCACCCAGCUGGGACAACAGUCCGCCUAACUGUACAGCUACGUGCCCGGUGGAAGAACAACGUGCUGCCGGUUCUGGAGUCAUUUUAAGCCCCGGGUAUCCAGAGCAGUACGGAACCGACCAGGACUGUGUUUGGGUCAUACGUGGGUGUGGAGGACCGGUCACCUUAUCCUUCCGGUCCUUCCAGACGGAGGAUGGGUACGACUUUCUUAAUGUGUAUGACGGUUCACUGGACACCGCAGCUGUAGAGUACAGCGGGCAGCCGGACCUGAAGAACUACACCAGCACCACGUCUGUACUGUACCUGCAGUUUACAAGUGAUGGGAGUGUAACCGACAGCGGCUUCUGGAUCGACUAUAGCUCGGCUUGCUGCAGUGACCCAGGAGCUCCACUCAAUGGCAACAGAGCAGGAGACAG